AGUAGAUGAUAUUUGCCAAUUGUUUUUGUGUGCAAAAAAGUCGGUGUGCUACUCCGCAUAUUUCUGUUUUAUUAAUUAAUAAUAUAAAGAAUAUUUAUUAUAUUAUUUGUUGUUCAAUUUUAUAAUCUCCACCAAAAUCUAUUCUAAACCCUCGACGAGCGUUAGUGAACAAAACAAUCAAAGAAAUAUCAACUGCAAAGAAGUACAACAAAUUUUUUGCGCGCCAAUUCUGCUGCUAGUAGGCUUCUAUACGUGACCAAACAAACGAAAUCGUACAGGAAACAUGGCUCACAUUCAAGAAUAUCAGGAUUUGGUGCUUGAUGCAGUGGAAGUGGUGGAAUUCAAAUUAAUACGUUCAAAAAAUGAUUUGGAAAAAGAUGAUAUGGCCUUUCAUCCAAUGAUGGCACAUCAAAUAUUCGGUGAAUCUGAAAGUAUUUUUGGUUAUCGUGGCCUGAAAGUGCAAAUUUUAUAUACGGCUGGGCCGCUACAUAUAUACUUGGGCUUGGAGUACGACAAGAAAGUCGACGAGCUGUCCAAUGGUGAAAUCAAAGCCGACGAUGUCGUGGCAACAAUUGCUGAAAAACUACCAGAUGGUUGUUAUUUUGUUAAUAUGGAUGAGUUCCUCAAGACAUUAGAUAAGGCUGAUAAAUUCCAACCAUUCGGCGAGAAACUGGCUGAAUACAAAACCAAAGAUGAUGAGAGCGACAAUGAACGACAUUUCGAGAUAUACUAUUGUAAUUUCAAAUAUCCAUCGUUCUUGAAGUUCUUUUCACGCCUGCAAACGUUUGUCUUGUGGUUUGUUGAUGCCGCCUCGUACAUCGAUGUCGAUGAUCCCCAGUGGUCGUAUUUCAUAUGCUAUGAAAAAUACAAAAACGACAAUGGUGAAGAGUUGUUUGCAACCGUUGGUUAUUCCACAAUCUAUGAGUAUUAUGCCUAUCCCCAGCACAUAAGACCACGUAUUAGUCAAAUGUUGAUAUUACCACCAUUCCAAAAACUUGGUAUUGGCACCAAAAUGGUCGAGACCAUAUAUAAGUAUUAUCACAAUCAGAAAAAUGUCAUCGAUAUUACUGUGGAAGACCCUUCGGAGGAAUUCCAACGUAUGCGUAAUUUUGUCGACUGCCGUUUGUGCAUGGAAUUGAAAACCUUUCAAAGGGAGGAAAUUAAAAAAGGCUUUACAAAAGACAAGGUUAAGGAGGCCAGGGAAACGUAUAAGUUAAAUCCCAGACAAUGCCGUAAGGUAUAUGAAAUCUUACGUCUUUACCAUACCAAUAUCCAUGACAAAGACGACUAUACAGCCUAUCGUCUGGAUGUCAAGAAACGCCUCAAUGCUGUCUAUCAUAAGCAAUUGAGUGAUAUCAAGAAAAUGGAAAAGGCCAAAUUGGAUACGGAAUGGCUGAGGGCCAGAUUGCCAACAAUCAAACAGCGUAUCGAACAAUUGCAGGAGGAAUAUGAACAUGUUGAAAAGGAUUAUAAACAAAUUAUACAAAAAUUACGCGAUGCCUAAAUGUUGUAUUUUGUAGCGUUUAUUCUAUUAUUUUCCUUAUUCGAAAUAUUAUUGUAAUUUAAAGAA